AUGACAUUAAUAUUGCUCACGCACGAGUUGAUUUACUCAACGUUCCAAUUAGUCAAUCUGUGUCAAACGUUACUCGGUCUGGUUCAACUGGUGCGAUUUCGAGCAGUGGGUGGCAAGUGGGUGAUUAAAGCUCGUGUAGCAAAUAAAAGUUACAUUCGUGAAUAUUCGAAUGCAAAUAGAAAUGGUAAAGUCUUCAGUGCUGGAUUGGUCGACAGAACCGGUGAAAUUGAAUUAGUUGCUUUUGAUCAUGUUGCUGAAAAAUUUGAUACAAAAUUGGAGAUUGGAAAAACUUAUUUUAUUACCAAAGCUAAUAUAGUACCAGCAAAUCAAAAGUUCAAUUCGUUCAAACAUAUUUACCAAAUGGUUCUGAAAAUCAAUACAAUUAUUCAUAUAUGUGAAGAACAAGAUAAUGAUGCCCCGGCUGAUAUCUUUUUUAAUUUUAUUCCAAUCAAAGAAGUUGCAUUGCGAGAAAAUAAUACUUUAUGUGACAUAAUCGGGCUUGUAUCAAGUAUUGAUGAAUGCAAAUUCUUCUAUAAUAAAUACAAGCAAACAAAUUGUGCUAAACGAGAUAUUAUGAUUACUGACGAAGAAGCUUCAAUAAUAUUAACAUUAUGGGAAAAGCAGGCAGAAGCAUUUAGCAAUACUCCGUGUUCUAUUACUGGCAUUAAAGAUGCCAAAAUAUAUGAUUUUCGCGGAAAAAGUCUAUCAAGCAUUGACUCAACUGUUAUUCGAUCAAAUCUUCCAAAAACAAAUCGUACAAUUCAAUUAGAAGCUUUACGCCAAUCAAGUUUUGAAAAUCUUAAUUUAGCCUCAUUGACAACAAUGACUCAAUGUUCUAUUGUCGAUGCUACAGGUGAAUUAAAUGUAUGUAUGCUUGGAAAUGCAGCUGAAUCUUUGCUUGACACCAGUGCCGAUGCAUUUCACCAACUUAAAAAUUGCAAUACAACAAAUAUUCAAAAUAUCUUUAUGCAUGGAGCUGCAAAAAUUCUAAUAUUCACGAUUGAUUCAAAAGUGGUUGAGUUUAAUAUGGAAAUUUGCGAGGAAUCGCAAAAUUCUGAAAAACGUUUACCGUCGUGUUCGCAGCCAUCCUUAGAAAUAGCACAUGACGAAGAAGAUGAAUGUUUGCAGAAAAAUAAUACCUGUCCUAGUGUUAUGCACUGUCAAUCCAAGUUUAAAAAGAUGAAAAUAUGCUCUCAUACCGACGACAACGUUCUAUCAGAAGCCGACGACGAAUCUAACAUUAAUGAAUGUAUAGAAUGUGAGACGUGCCAAAUGUCGGGUGAUGAACUAUUCCAAGCAUCAUCAGCUAGCACUCAAACUAAUAUGGAUGUAUCAACUGUUGCCACACAGACACCUUGGAUUAUUUAUGUACAUCAAGAUCCAAACUUAACAUCGAUCACAGUAAAAGAUAACGACAAGAUGCCAUUAUUUUGUGUUGAAGGUAUGAGUGUUUCAUAUCAUUAUGAUUCUCGGUGUAAUGUUCCUAUUGAAAAUGAUUCUACAUAUAUUUGUGAUGAUGAAUUGUCUGAAUUUUUAAAUAAAACUGGAAAAUAG